GCAGGCCCAGCGGCUAAGAUCAGGUCCAGCGCUCCAGAACAGAGCGAUCCCUGAGGCUCCCUUGCUCAAACUGUGGGACUUACCCUACUAUGGUCUGAGCCUACCCUAUUUCAUUAUACUCAAGUAACGCCCCAGAAAUUCCAGAGAAUCUCACACAAAGAGGUUGAAUCUUGCCGUGGUGCCUUCAGGUGAAUGUCGUCCCGGGCUAGAACUGCAAAAGGCUGUCAGGCUGCUCAGAACUUUGCUUCUCCAGCAGAAUAAUCCUGUGGAAGACUGAGCAGUUCUUGUGAGUCUAAAACCAUGGCCCAUGCAUUGGUGACGUUCAGGGAUGUGGCUAUAGACUUCUCUCAGAAGGAAUGGGAGUACCUGGACACUACUCAGAGGAAAUUGUACAGAGAUGUGAUGUUGGAGAAUUAUAGUAACUUGGUCUCACUGGCAGGAUAUUCUGGCUCAAAGCCAGAUGUGAUUACCUUAUUGGAGCAAGGGAAAGAGCCCUGCGUGGCAGUGAGGGAUGUGACAGGAAGACAGUACCCAGGUUGGUUAUCCAGGCAUAAGACCAAGAAAUUAUCUUCAGAAAAGGACAUUCAUGAAAUCAGUUUAUCCAAAGGGAGUAUAAUAGAAAAAAGUAAAACUCUUCAUCUGAAAGGAUCCAUUUUGAGAAAUGAGUGGCAGAGCAAAAGUGAGUUUGAGGGUCAGCAGGGACUUGAAGAAAGAUCAAUCAGUCAAAAGAAAAUCGUCUCUAAAAAAAUGUCAACUGGUAGAAAACAUCCCUCUUUUACUCUGAAUCAGAGAAUUCAUAAUAGUGAGAAAAGUUGUGACUCAAACUUGGUUCAACAUGGGAAAAUAGAUUCUGAUGUGAAACAUGAUUGUAAAGAACGUGGGAGUACCUUGAAUAAUGUCUGCCAGCUUACUCUCCAUCAGAAAAUUCAUACUGGUGAAAAAUCCUGUAAAUGUGAGAAAUGUGGGAAAGUUUUUAGUCAUAGCUAUCAACUUACUCUGCAUCAGAGAUUUCAUACUGGUGAGAAACCCUAUGAAUGUCAAGAAUGUGGGAAGACCUUUAUUCUUUACUCACAACUUAAUCGACAUCAGAAAAUUCACACUGGUAAAAAACCCUAUAUGUGUAAGAAAUGUGAUAAGGGCUUUUUUAGUAGAUUAGAACUUACUCAACAUAAAAGAAUUCAUACCGGUGAGAAAUCUUAUGAAUGUAAAGAAUGUGGAAAAGUUUUUCAACUUGUUUUCUACCUUAAAGAACAUGAAAGAAUUCAUACAGGUAAGAAACCCUAUGAAUGUAAGGAGUGUGGGAAAGCUUUUAGUGUAGGUGGACAACUUACCCGUCAUCAGAAAAUUCAUACUGGUGUAAAACCCUACGAAUGUAAGGAAUGUGGAAAGACCUUUGGACUUAGUUUUUACCUUACUGAACACAGAAGAACUCAUGCAGGUAAGAAACCUUAUGAAUGUAAGGAGUGUGGGAAGUCAUUUAAUGUGCGUGGACAGCUUAAUCGGCAUAAAACAAUUCAUACUGGUAUAAAACCUUUUGAAUGCAAGGUGUGUGAGAAGGCUUUUAGUUAUAGUGGUGACCUCAGAGUACAUUCUAGAAUUCAUACUGGAGAGAAACCAUAUGAAUGUAAGGAAUGCGGGAAAGCCUUUAUGCUUCGUUCAGUCCUUACUGAACAUCAGAGACUUCACACUGGUGUGAAGCCCUAUGAAUGUAAGGAAUGUGGGAAGACGUUUAGAGUGCGCUCUCAAAUUAGUCUACAUAAGAAAAUUCAUACUGAUGUGAAGCCCUACAAAUGUGUACGAUGUGGGAAGACCUUUAGAUUUGGUUUCUACCUUACUGAACACCAGAGAAUUCAUACUGGCGAAAAGCCCUAUAAAUGUAAAGAAUGUGGAAAGGCCUUUAUUCGUAGAGGGAAUCUUAAAGAACAUCUGAAAAUUCAUUCUGGUUUAAAACCCUAUGACUGUAAAGAAUGUGGGAAGUCCUUUAGUCGGCGUGGGCAGUUCACUGAACAUCAGAAAAUUCAUACGGGUGUAAAACCAUACAAAUGUAAAGAAUGUGGGAAGGCCUUUAGUCGUAGUGUAGACCUUAGAAUACAUCAAAGAAUUCAUACUGGUGAGAAACCCUAUGAGUGUAAACAAUGUGGGAAGGCCUUUAGACUUAAUUCACACCUUACUGAACAUCAGAGAAUUCACACUGGUGAGAAACCCUAUGAGUGUAAGGUAUGUAGAAAGGCCUUUAGACAAUAUUCACAUCUUUAUCAACAUCAGAAAACUCAUAAUGUAAUUUAAUAUAAGAAAGGGUUUCCAUGUCAUGUUCUAUUUAUAGAAUAUCAAAAUAUUUAUGACCAGAAAGAAGUUCUGUCAAUGUGUUGAUCUUUUUUUAGACAUAUUAACUUAAUAAAUGUAUGAGUCUUAAAUAUCUCUUAGUUCUCAUUAAAUUUAGGAAAAUUCACACUAGAAAAUAAAGCUGUUAAUGUAACAAUUGUGGAAAAGUGUUCUGGCAACAGCAUAUACUUAUCAUCAUUGCCUUUCCACUACUCUACUGUGUGAUAUUAGACAAAAUAUUUGCUUCUUGGUACCUCAGCUGUAAAAUGAAACACACCUAAAAGUGUGGUUAAUUGUUUCCAACAUAUAUAAUACAGCAACAACUAUCUGGCCCAUGCUGCUUUGGAUUAAUAUUGGAUAUUACUGUUUUUAUUAUCAUCAACAUUAUUAUUAGUAGAUUUCUUAACAGGAAGACACAGUGGAGAUAACAAAUUUGGAAAAGUCACUCAUCACGUAUAUUUCAUGAAGUACUUCUUUGAUAACAUCUGUGUUAUGGGCUGAAUGUUUGUGUUCCCGUAACGAUUCCUAUGUUGAAACAGGAAUCACAAGGUGAUGGUAUUUGAAGGCAGGGCCUUUAGGAGGAAAUCAGGUCAUGAGGGUGGAGGCUUCAUGAAUGGGAUCGCUGCCUUUAUUAGAGGAAGCCAAAGAGCCAGCUAGCUCUUUCAACCGCAUGAGGAUGCAGCAGGAAGUCAGCAGUCUACAGUGCCAAAGAGGGAGGGCCUUUCCCAGAACCCAAGCAUGCUGGCACCCUGAUCUUGGACUUGCAGCCUCCAAAACUGUGAGAAAUAAAUUUCAGUUGUUUAUAAGCCACUGAGUCUAUGGUGUUUAGUUAUGCAGCCCAGAAUAACGAAGGCACUUCAUUAGAAUAUAAAGAAAAUGUAAAGAUCUGAAUUCAGACCUCAUUGCUUAAGUUCUACCAGAAAAUUAAAGAUGAAGAGAAACCCUAAGGAUGUAGUGAGUGGGAGGACCUUAGAAUAUAGCUUUUGAAGCAUCAGAGAGAGGUGUGAGGGGAUUUACCCACAAUAAUGUAGAAAUUAAAUGGAUAGAAAAAAGAAAGCUGUCUGGCCGGGUGCCAUGGCUCGCGCUUCUAAUCACAGCACUGUAGGAGGCCAAGGCAGGCAGAUUACCUGAGGUCAGGAG